AUGAACACUCCCGGAGAAGAUGAUGGAAUUGAGAGGGAGAAACCACAAUUAGUCGAGGAUAUGCAAGGUGGUCCAGACUACAUAGUUCUGAAAUCUUUGGACACUGAUGGCAUUCGUUUAAUUGGAAGUGUGCUGGGACAAAGCAUAGCUCUGGAUUAUUUUGUCUCACAGGUUGAUGGUUUAGUUGAAGAGUUUGCAGGCAUAAAUCGUGGAAUGGAAAAAACCGGAACUUUCACUAUGGAUAAGAAGAAACUACUUCAGCUUGUUGGGAAGGCUAACUCAAAUUUGGCUGAUGUGAUUCUUAAAGUUGGUCUCUUCGAAAGAUCAGAAAUUGCUUGGAGGGAUGCAAAGUAUGCUCAAAUAUACGAGUAUCUUAGGGAGGAGUACGAAGUAGCACAACGCUUUGGAAACCUAGAUUACAAAUUGAAAUUUGUUGAGCAUAAUAUUCAUUUUUUACAAGAAGUUCUCCAGAACAGGAAGUCAGAUUUCUUGGAAUGGUGUAUUAUCGGUCUAUUGACAAUUGAAAAUGUUAUAUCCAUAUACGAGAUUCUAAAAGAUUCAAAUGCAGUUUCUCAGACUAUUUCACCUAUUUGUUGGACCUUGGGGGAGAAAGUAAUUACAAAUUGUGCCUUCAAACUUAAACCUUAUCUCAUGCAAGCAGUUGUAUCCUCUGGAAGAACGCUCGAUAUGUAUCCGCAAAUAGUAACUUCUAUUUGCCAGAAUCAACCUGAAUCACAAGAACACAUUCAAUCAUUAGUUCAGGCAGUUGAAAACAAUCUUGUUGUACCUAAAGAUGCUCAUGAAGUCACGUUUAGGGUAGAAGAGUCAGAAGUUGGUGAGAUAAACCGUAGUCAAGUGUGGAAGGCUGCCCGCGUCAAUAAGAGCGGGGUGAUUGAUAAUGAGAAUGUUCAAAGAGUUGUGGAUCAAUGUGAGAAGUUAACAGAAGCUCUAUCUGAAGAAGAGAGACAAGACCUUGGUCCCACAAACAUAUUAUUUGAGGCUCUUAAUCUCCCAAACUACUCUGGACGUGUUAGGACUUAUGGUUUUGGGGUUAGUUGUUUUGGUGGUUUAAUGGAGGUUCUGUCGGAGCUUGCACAGGCAGAGACGGAAGAUAUCGUUGGAGAGCCUCGGGUUACUUCCAGAAAUUUAUGUUGUGCUGGUGUAUACCAUGAAGGUCCAUUAAGUAAUGGCUUACCCAUGGCAGGUGUUACAGGGUACUACACUAAAUCAGAUUCUUCAUACGGCUUCAUCACAUUCUUAAAACUGGAAGCCCCGCUUAGCCAGGGCAGAUUAGGACAGCAGCUUGGCAUGGUCUUUGUUGAAACAAGGUUGGAGAAAAUGGACAACAUUACACUCAAAAUUGGACUGUUAUUGGAUUAA